AUAGGCAUGAGCCACUUGUCAGACUGAUCUCUGCUACUGGCUGUGACUCGUCAGUUUUCCGUUGAACCGGUCACGUUGAUCGUCGAUCUAGCUCAGUGACCACUUUACCGUGACAUUUUUUUGGAUACACAACAUGGUUUAUCAAGUUGCUAGCAAGGAGGAUUUUAGCGAACAGUUGAAGAAAGCAGGAGGCAAACUGGUUGUUGUGGACUUUUACGCCACUUGGUGUGGUCCCUGCAAAAUGAUAGCUCCAAAAAUUGAGGCCAUGUCGAAGGAGUUCACUGAUGUCGUUUUCCUGAAAGUAGAUGUGGAUGAAUGUGAAGAAGUUGCAUCUGAAUACAACAUCUCCUGCAUGCCUACUUUCCUUUAUUUGAAGGAUGGUGUAAAGGUGGCAGAGUUUUCUGGGGCCAAUGAAACACAACUUCGAGCAUUGGUCGAACAACACAAGUAGACUAUUGCAUCGGUGUCCUGUAUAUGGGCUACAUAAAUAUUUCAAUCUCUUAUUUUCUCAUUUUAAUUAAGUGGGUAAUAGGCCUUCCUGCAUUGUACCACAGGAAAUACAAAAAAGAUAUCAUGAAAA